AUGUCUUAUCAACAGCAGCAGUGCAAGCAGCCUUGCCAGCCACCUCCUGUGGUCAUAACUCCAAAGUGUCCUGAGCCAUGCCCACCUCCAAAGUGUCCUGAGCCAUGUCCACCUCCAAAGUGUCCUGAGCCAUGCCUACCUCCAAAGUGUCCUGAGCCAUGUCCACUUCCACAACCACAAUGUCCUAUGCAAACUCCCCUGCCCUGCCAACAGAAGUGCCCCCCACAAGAGUAA